AUGAGCAAACUCGAAAGAUUUCGAGUCGUGCGCAGAGCAGGUGAGCAGGUGAGCAACGCCGCGGCGCUGCUCCCUCCUUUGCAGUCUAUAUGCGCUGUUCCGCGGGCUUGCGCGUCGAAGAGCAUCCACGCACUCAUCGUCUUGCCCUCCUCUCGUCUUCCAGGCCACUUUCCGCGAGUCGCUCAUCGCUCGUGACGGCAGGUGCGUGAUGUCAGGGGAGGUGUACGCGGACUGCACGGAGGUGAGUCGCACGCGCAAUGAUGGACUCGUGGCCUGUGAGCCGUCUAAGAUCCUUCCUGCCGCCUGCAUUGCGGUUUCAGUACUACGAAGAAGUGCUCGCAUUUUCCCGAGUCGUAUCCCUUCCAGCCUCCCUACGGCUUCAAGACUCGCUGCAUCACGCUUUUGAUUGCGGCCAGAUAGUCUUGUAUCCCCUCUUGAGUGUCGCGCAGGACAGCCGUGCGAUGGCAAGCAAGUCUGUUGAUGCUGACUUUGCACCGUCCUGAUCUGCUAGGGCAAAGAUCUCGUGGUGCACGUUGUCAAUCCUGCCCACCGCCAGUAUCACGGAAAAAACAUCAAGCCAAGCUACUUUUGGUCAUUUCCCGAGGACUUUCCCAAUCGUGCAGUGUUGCGGUUUCAUUACUAG